GGCGAGGAGAGCGCCGGCCGCGGCCGCGGGGGGGUUGGAAAAAUGACUCAGUAAGUUCGGCGCGCCGCUCCGGCCGGCCCUGCGCCUCCCGCCGCGCCCGGGAUGUAUUCGUCCCCGCUCUGCCUGACCCAGGAUGAGUUCCACCCCUUCAUCGAGGCGCUGCUGCCUCACGUCCGCGCCUUCGCCUACACCUGGUUCAACCUGCAGGCGCGGAAGCGCAAAUACUUCAAGAAGCACGAGAAGCGGAUGUCGAAGGACGAGGAGCGGGCGGUAAAGGACGAGCUGCUGGGCGAGAAGGCCGAGGUGAAGCAGAAGUGGGCGUCGCGGCUGCUGGCCAAGCUGCGCAAGGACAUCCGGCCCGAGUGCCGCGAGGACUUCGUGCUGGCCAUCACGGGCAAGAAGGCGCCGGGCUGCGUGCUCUCCAACCCCGACCAGAAGGGCAAGAUGCGCCGCAUCGACUGCCUGCGCCAGGCCGACAAGGUGUGGCGGCUCGACCUGGUCAUGGUCAUCCUCUUCAAGGGUAUCCCGCUCGAGAGCACCGACGGCGAGCGCUUGGUCAAGGCGGCGCAGUGCGGCCACCCGGUGCUCUGCGUGCAGCCGCACCACAUCGGCGUGGCGGUCAAGGAGCUGGACCUCUACCUGGCCUACUUCGUGCGCGAGCGAGACGCAGAGCAGAGCAGCAGCCCCCGCACGGGCAUGGGCUCCGACCAGGAGGACAGCAAGCCCAUCGCGCUGGACACGACUGACUUCCAGGAGAGCUUCGUCACCUCCGGUGUGUUCAGUGUCACAGAGCUUAUCCAGGUGUCCCGGACGCCUGUGGUGACUGGAACAGGACCCAAUUUUUCCCUGGGGGAGCUGCAGGGGCACCUGGCAUACGAUCUGAACCCAGCCAGCACUGGCAUGAGAAGAACGCUACCCAGCACCUCCUCCAGUGGGAGCAAGCGGCACAAAUCGGGCUCGAUGGAGGAAGACGUGGACACGAGCCCCGGCGGCGAUUACUACACCUCGCCCAGUUCUCCCACGAGUAGCAGCCGCAACUGGACGGAGGACAUGGAAGGAGGCAUCUCGUCCCCAGUGAAGAAGACAGAGAUGGACAAGUCUCCGUUCAACAGCCCUUCGCCCCAGGACUCGCCACGCCUCUCCAGCUUCACGCAGCACCACCGGCCCGUCAUCGCCGUGCACAGCGGAAUCGCCCGGAGUCCUCACCCGUCCUCAGCCCUGCAUUUCCCCACGACGUCCAUCCUGCCCCAGACGGCCUCUACCUACUUCCCACACACGGCCAUCCGCUACCCGCCUCAUCUCAACCCCCAGGACCCACUCAAAGAUCUCGUCUCGCUGGCCUGCGACCCGGCCAGCCAGCAGCCUGGACCGUUAAAUGGAAGUGGUCAGCUCAAAAUGUCCAGUCACUGCAUUUCCGCCCAGAUGCUGGCUCCACUGCCCCCCGGGCUGCCGCGGCUGGCACUCCCCCCUGCCACCAAACCCACCACCACCUCCGAGGGAGGAGCCACGUCGCCAGCCUCGCCCAACCCCCAAAUGAGACGCCUCACCCCACCGAGUGGAGAGGGGCCAGCAGCUUCCAGCUGGACCGUACCUGCUCCCUUCCCUGCAGACAGCACCCCCCAGCACCCCCUGCCUGCUGAGCCACAGGGCCUUCUGAACUCAAAAGAACUCAGCACACCCCUCUGCUGCUGGGUUUCUCAAGCUAAAAGCCAGGCACUGGAAGAAGACCAGCUGUGGAAUGAGCCCUGGGUUCGAGUCCUGCCUCUGCUGCACCCUCCUUGUGUGACCUUGGGCAAAUGUCUUCUCCUCUCUGAGCCUCAGUUUUCUCAGCUGCAAAAUGGGACAGUCAUAGUGCCGGCCUUGUUGGGUGGCCAGGACUGGGCGAAUCGCCUACUCUACGCCCGGCACGUCCCCUGCAAACCGUUCCUUUAUGGGAUUAGGACCGAGGGAGCCAGCGGGCACUUAUCAGGCACAGUCCUGGUAUCUGGGAUAACCAAGGUCUCCUUCCCACGCCCCUCAUCCUUCGUCCCAGGACUCCUGGAGGGCAGCCCAGCCGGCCCCCAGCCUACGUUUUUGGUGAAAAUUAGAGCGAACGAGAACACCCCGCUGACUCCCAGGCUGGCCGAAAAGACAAAAUACACAGACACACACAUGGAAGAGGAAAACUUUUAAAAAAGGAAAAAAACAAAACAAACAAACAAAAAAAGAUUAAACAGGAACAAAAGAGGAAAAAAAAAAAAAAGCCAACCCACCCAACCAAGAAGACAAAAGGUAAAAGACGGCAUUGCUGCAGACUCUCGGGACACCAUCAACACUGGGCGAGGGAGGGCCGGCCCCAGGCGGGCAUGUCUUCCUAAGUUAUUCAUCUCCUGGCUUCCUGCUGCUCGGAAGGACAGACGCCCGCCCAGCCACCACCUCGCCAGGGCACCGCUCCCAGGCCCAACCUGCCCAGAGACAGGUGAGCAAGCCGGGGGUGCCCAGCGGACACCCAGCAUGGCCACCACCCCCAGCCUCACAAGGACGUCAACCAGGCCCCCUACCAUGGUGUUUUCGAAAGGGGGGGGCAAGCGCGCCUGGGGAACCUCAGCAAGGGGCAGCAGAGACUGGAGGUGGCGGCCAGGGUGGGCAGGGAAGUGACAGGGGUGUGCUGGAUGUCUGACUCCCUGGGCUGUUGGGUUUGGCCAAAGGCUGCCCCCCUGUACCCCCCACACCCUCCCCCAGCGUGCUCUCUUGGGUCUUUCAGCCCUCGCGCCCCCGGCGGGUUUGGGAGGAGAAGUCUCUAUGCAAUUAACCCCUCAGCAGCCCCCUGACAUCGGAGGCCCCCUCACCCCGCCCAGCCCCCCCGCACCCCGGGGAGGUGUCGUCGUCGUUGCACACACUGUAAGAAAUGCACUUUCUAUGGAAGGAGGCGGGGCCAGGAGGACCCAGAGCCCCUGGUUCUGGGGGAUGGGGCGCCAUCGGGACCCUCGUGCGCCCUGGCCUGGGAGGGGACGCCCCCUAGCCCGUGGAGGCGGGAGGGGAGGAGCGAGUGGUUCUAAGUGCCUGAUUCCCGCUGGCUGCCCCCUCUGUCCAGCUAGGACCGAGCGGCCGCGGUGCCCUCCACCCUCCUCCCUCACAGCCCGAUCACCUCCAGUCUCCAACCCCCCCAUUGCUGUGCCCCCCACAAGCCUGGAGAUGGGACCCCGGAGCGGCCCCAAGGGGCAGAGCUGGGUGUCCCCCCCCCACCAGCGCCCUGCCCUGCCAGGGUGUGGGGGUCCUAGGGAAGCUGGUGCCCUCCCCUGCCCGCCCGCCCCCAGGACCCCCCCACCAGUGCCUUACAACCUGGAGUGACGCCGUCCUGGUGGCUCCCAGCCCCAAGGGGACCUCGGUUUGCACUUUCAUCUUCCCUGGUGGCUUCUGGGAGGAGGCAGUAGUGGGGUGGGCUCAGCCAGCCCUGGAGGAGGCUGGCAGGGAGAGGGCAGGUUGGCAUGGAAAGGGGGGUGCCCAUCUGCUAAGCAUUUUUCCGUUGAGUCGCUCCAAAAACACUAAGCUGGGCACACCCCCGGGGGCCCAAUCCCACCCCAACCCCCCCAUCGCCAUCUUGGGUCGGGGGCCUGGGAGGGGGCAGGUGUUUUAGGGACCCCUCCCCGGCUGUCCAUCCCAGCCCCACUGACCUCCUUCAUGCCUGGCGCUAAGAGAAUCCCUCCCCCCACUUGGGUCAAGGCCAAAGCCAUCCCCAAGGGCAGGGCCCCUAAUCCCUCAUCUGCUCUGACUCUAGCCCCCUCACCGCCACCGCUCCUGGGGCUCCUUCCCCCAAAACCGACUCUCUCUCCUCCGAAACCAGCCUCAGGGGCUCGGUAAACCCAAGCUGGAAAGAAAAAGACCCCAUGCCCCUCCCCACCAGCCCCCCUCAAAGUUUGUCAUCCUCAGGCCGGGAACCCUUGGACCGUUCAUUUUCUGUCCACCUGUUCGUUCGUUCGUCCGUCCGUCCGUCUGUCCUCAGGGCCCCUCCAGCGGGUGGCAGCCCGUUGGGGACCAAAGCGUGGGCCUUGGCGGCAGUGGGGGGAUUACAAAGUUAGAGUAUCUGGAACCUUCUUGACCAGGAACCUUAGGGUGUUGGGGAGGCAGGGUGGGGGAGGGGCUGCACUCUGGGGGGGCCCAGCGGGCCCCCAGCUGGGCUUGACAAGAACCAUCUCUUUACCUAACUGCAUGGUGCUUAGCCAGGAACUGGUGUGACCUGGCUCCAACGGUGAGCUGGCGGCUGAUACGACCUGCAUGGCAAUUAAUACUUGGCUCUGUCUCCCUCCUGUUCCCUCCUGCCCUCUACCACCCACCUCUCUUUAAAAAAAAAAAAAAAAGAAAAGAAAAAAAAAGGCUACAAAAAAAAAAAAACUCCAAAAAAACUUCCACAUUUCCUAAUUUGCACGGACUUUUCUAUCACGUGAUGUGCCUUGCUUUCCGAGAAAUAAGCAUUAACUUUAAAAUGAUAUCACCGCACACGACUAACUGCAUGUUCUGCCUGGGUAGUUAACAAGAAGAAGAAGAAAAAAAAAGACACAACAGUGUCAGGAAAUAAAAAAUAAAAACGGGAAA